AAAAGAAGAUGGCGGACCGGUGCAGCGUAUUUUCUGAGCUCCGUCUGCUUGUCUCGAUUUUUCACACACUUUACCAUCCAACUCAAUUCUAUGUGAUUGUAUGAAUCUCUAAUACACCAUACUGACGCUUUAACCAUAAAGUGCUCCGGAAACUGCAGCAUGAAGACGAAGAAGAAGCUCUCUUCAGCCCGCAGUAGCUCUGAGAUUGAAGACCACGAUGAUGCUAAGAUGGAGGUCUCUACUACGUACUACGAUGUCCAGCAGCUGUUGGUGAGUAAAGAAGAGCUUCCACCUGAGCAGCAGGAGUGGAGCCACAUUCUGGACCAGGAGGACACUAAGCCCCAACACAUUAAAGAAGAACAUGAGGAACUGUGGAUCAGUCAGGAGGAAGAACAGCUUCAAGGACUGGAGGAGGCUGAUACCACCAAGUUCCCCUUCACUCCUGUCUCUGUGAAGAGUGAAGAUGAUGAAGAGAAACCUCAGUCCUCACAGCUUCAUCAGAGACAAACUGAACAGAUGGAAACAGGAGUUGAUGGAGAGGACUGUGGAGGAGCAGAACCAGAGAGGGACUCAGAUCCAGAGAGACGUUUACAACCAGAGACUGAGGUCAAGACUGAAGACUCUGAUGAACCUGAGACUGAUGACAGUAAUGAUUGGCAAGAUACAAGAGAAGAUCUGUCGGAAUUAAAUUUGAAACUAAAGACUGGUUGGAGACCACAUAGGUGCUCGGAUUGUGGUAAAAUAUUUAACCAAAAAGGGACUCUGACCAGACACAUGAUGACUCACACAGAAGAGAAAAGCUACAGCUGCUCUGAGUGCGGUAAAAGAUUUUACCAAAAAGGGCAUCUGACUAGACACAUGAUAGUUCACACUGCAGAGAAAUACUACAGCUGCUUUCGGUGUGAGAAAAGAUUUAACCAAAAACAGAAUCUGAUCACACACAUGUUAAUUCAUACAGGAGAGAAACCCUUCAGCUGCUCUGAGUGUGGAAAACGAUUUAGAGACAAGGGGACUCUGAAGAGACACAAUAAAGUUCACACAGGAGAGAAACCCUUCAGCUGCUCUCAGUGUGAGAAAAUAUUUGCCCGUAAGUCUAAUUUGACAGAUCACAUGGCAAUUCACAGAGAGAAAUUCUUCAGCUGCUCUGAAUGUGGAAAACGAUUUAGAGAAAAGGGAACUCUGAAGAAACACAAAACAAUUCACACGGGGGAGAAAGCAUUCAGCUGCUCUCAGUGUGAUAAAAUAUUUACCCAUAGGUCUAGUUUGAGAUAUCACAUGGCAAUUCACAGAGAGGAGAAACCCUUCUGCUGCUCUGAGUGUGGUGAAAGAUUUACCAGAAAACAGCAUCUGAUCACACACAUGUUAGUUCACACAGGAGAGAAACCCUUCAGCUGCUCUGAGUGUGGUAAAAGAUUGACCAGAAAAGAGAGUCUGACCAAACAUAUGUUAGUUCACACAGGAGAGAAACCCUUCAGCUGCUCUGUUUGCAGUAAAAGAUUUACCCAAAGAGGAAGUCUGACCAGACACAUGUUAGUACACACAGGAUAGAAACUCUUCAGCUGCUCUGAGCCCCAACACAUUAAAGAAGAACAUGAGGAACUGUGGAUCAGUCAGGAGGAAGAACAGCUUCAAGGACUGGAGGAGGCUGAUACCACCAAGUUCCCCUUCACUCCUGUCUCUGUGAAGAGGGAAGGUGAUGAAGAGAAACCUCAGUCCUCACAGCUUCAUCAGAGACAAACUGAACAGAUGGAAACAGGAGUUGAUGGAGAGGACUGUGGAGGAGCAGAACCAGAGAGGUACUCAGAUCCAGAGAGACAUUUACAACCAGAGACUGAGGUCAAGACUGGAGACUCUGAUGAACCUGAGACUGAUGACAGUGAUGAUUGGCAAGAGACAAGAGAAGAUCAGUCAGAAUUAAACUUGAAAAAUAAGAAAUUAAAGACUGGUAAGAUACCACAUGGGUGCUCGGAGUGCAAAACAUUUAAACCAUACACAGCAUCUGACCAAACACAUGUUAGUUCAUACAGGAGAGAAACCCUUCAGUUGCUCUGAGUGUGAGAAUAAAUUUACCCAUAAGGCCAGUCUGACUUAUCACAGAGGGGAGAAACCCUUCAGCUGCCUUGAGUGUGGUAAAAGCUUUUCUCAUGAGCACAGGAAACAUUUCUGGAUGAAGUAAAGAAAUCUAAAUCUCCAACAUGAGAAUAAAGGGGAGGUCUGAGCAGACUCUGCUAAUAACUUUCCUUAAAACAGCUGGUGCUGAACCAUCGGGUUCAGUUGUCUUUUUGGUAGAGUUCUUGGUUUUCAGUCUCUUGUUUGUCUUUGUCUAAUGUCUUUCUUCAUUUUUUUUUACAUUUGACAUACAGAUUCUUCUUCUGUACUUUUAUUGUGUCCUGUCUAAGUUUAUUUUGAUAGAACCAAACCAAUGAGAUCCAACCGAGCCUUCACAAUCAGUUUUGAUGCAGCGAACCAAAACUCUUGUCUGUCAGCAACAGUGACAAUACCUAUUUAUUUAUUUAAUGAUAUUAUUGAUGAUGAUGACGAUGGUUUUGUCUCUGUGCAUUGCCUGUCAGCACCUGUGUGUCCGAUCAGACUUAAAGCUGUUUGUUUGCUCUUACUGAUGUUGUUUCCUCCUUUCUAGAUCAUUACUUGUGUUGUUCUUACUCUCUGAUGUGUAUGUACGUAUGGACUACUGGACUGCUAUUGAGUCCUUAGUAUUAACAGCCACAUGAGAAGUCCUACAGUAGAGAGACCAGACCACAGUGUGUCCAGAGAAGCAACAAAGUGUUGAACCGUUUCAUAUCUCUUUUUUUACAUAAGAAAAUGGAAAGCAGUAUCGAUAAAUAUUGCUGUGAAGAAUUCUAACCGUACCCAUCCCUAGAUUUAAAUCUCCUGUGUAAUGGUAAAAGUUAUCCAAAGGAAUACAAAUUAACAUCACUAAUGUGCAUUCAUAAGUAUGUAUUGACUAACAUAUGUAUAACUGUUUGUCUCUACUUUUUUGACAUUGAUGUUUUGUUGCUGACAUAUGAACCAGUAAGUUGGGAACAGCUAUGACGUUUGAAUUUAAAGGGUUUAUAUCAAACAGUUACAGUGUAAGGAUCCUUCUUCUCUCCUGAUAUCUUCUUUCUGUCACUCUGUUUCCUUGGAGGCCUCUGUGUUGGGUAGCACAAGUUCUUCAGACAGCUCAUGUGUAACCUUGUAAUAAAUAAACUGAUGUAGAGUGAGAAAGA